AUCUGUAUUUUAACUAUUUUAGUAUAGAUAUACUAUUUAACCUUCCUGGGUCCAUUUCCUGUCUUUAAAACAGAAGAGAAAUAACUACCUUAAAUUUACAAUUGUAUAUAAAAUGACUAAUUAAAUGUAUGAUAUAUAUAAAGAAUCUUAAUUAUUUUUCUUUCCUCGUAGUUCAGUGUCUUCAACUAACCAUGGCAAUAUUCAAUAACACCACUUCGUCUUCCUCAAAUUUCCUCCUCACUGCAUUCCCUGGGCUGGAACGUGCUCAUGUCUGGAUCUCCAUUCCAGUAUGCUGUCUCUACACCAUUGCCCUCUUGGGAAACGGUAUGAUCUUUCUUGUCAUCAUUACUAAGCGGAGACUCCACAAGCCCAUGUAUUAUUUCCUCUCCAUGCUGGCAGCUGUUGAUCUAUGCCUGACCAUUACGACCCUUCCCACUGUGCUUGGUGUUCUCUGGUUUCAUACACGGGAGAUCAGCUUUAAAGCUUGCUUCAUUCAAAUGUUCUUUGUGCAUGCCUUCUCCUUGCUGGAGUCCUCGGUGCUGGUAACCAUGGCCUUUGACCGCUUCAUGGCUAUCUGUAACCCACUGAACUAUGCUGCCACCCUCACGGACAGGAUGAUCCUGGUGAUAGCGCUGGUCAUCUGCAUUAGACCAGUAGUUUUCUUACUUCCCAUUGUAGUAACCAUAAACACUGCAUCUUUUCAUGGGGGUCACGAGCUUUCCCAUCCAUUUUGCUACCACCCAGAAGUGAUCAAAUACACCUAUUCCAAACCUUGGAUCAGCAAUUUUUGGGGAUUGUUUCUUCAGCUAUACCUGAAUGGCACUGACGUAUUGUUUAUUCUUUUCUCCUAUGUCCUGAUCCUCCGUACUGUUCUGAGCAUUGUGGCCCGAAAGAAGCAACAAAAAGCUCUCAGCACUUGUGUCUGUCAUAUCUGUGCGGUCACUGUUUUCUAUGUGCCAAUGAUCAGCCUCUCUUUGGCACACCGCCUCUUCCACUCUACCCCAAGGGUGCUCUGUAGCACUUUGGCCAAUAUUUAUCUGCUCUUACCACCUGUGCUGAACCCUAUCAUUUACAGCUUGAAGACCAAGACAAUCCGCCAGGCUAUGUUCCAGCUGCUCCAAUCCAAGGGUUCAUGGGGUCCUAAUGUGAGGGGUCUUAGAGGAAGAUGGGAUUGAAGGUAGGAAAUUGUCAGGACUUGAAUUAUGCUUAGGAAAGAAAGGGACUUGGGGCAGUCUUAUCCAUAGGCAUUCUGGUUCCUGAGUCAAUUCCAACUGAAUUUUAGGAGUGGGAAGAAGACAGUAGUUUUCCCCUGAGCUUAUCAAAGAGUUUUAUUUUUUAAUACCGUAAUUUAAAACCAAAUAA